CAAUUUCCCCUAUUGUGGCUAGCUUCACAUAGGUGCUAGCUAGCACUAUCACCUUCAAACUACUUAGCACGUUCACAUACUUGCCAUUGUAUAAAGAAAGAGACAACCAUGGCGAAUUGUGACUAUUUACAAACUCAGCUAACCUCUGUUUUGAACUCGCUUGUUAAAAUUGCGGUCGUGGAACUACUGCGAAUUGUGGAGGAUAGCGCCGUUGAACUUCGUCUGGAGGUGUCCAAGAGUAAAUUUGAGAACGAAGCACUGAAAAUUGAGAACGAGUCUAACAAAAACAAGUUACAGAGUUUGGAAGCAGAACUGUGGACAGCGGGAAAUCGACCAUGUUCCAUGUGUUAUCGUUGUGUUGGAACUCCAGCUCGCGGUAAAGGUGGAUGCGUCAGCCCCAAAAGAGAUAGAGAUGCUGCUGGUCUUCCUAAUUCUUCAGAUGAGGACAAUGCAUCAUCAUGGCUGCAACAAUCUGCUCAUACCAUGGACGAGACUACAGCAGCCAUGGAGAGGGAUGGGAUUCAAAUCGUUGUCAUUAAGAACGAAGCGGGGCAUGAAGGCACACAUCGGAAGAAGGACCCACAGACUGGAAUUUCAACAGAAGGUGAGCAGGCGUGUCCCAAAGUGGACAUGGUGUAUGGCAAGGAGUGGAGCCAAAGCCUGUGGCGAGACAGAGAUGCUGUCAAGGAGGACUCUGCAGGACCAUCGGUGACCCAUCGACAGGUCAAGACUGUUUCGGCUCAGAAAAGGCGGAGUGUUUGUGUAAAGAAGUCCGUCAUAGAAGAUGAACCUGCUGACUCAUCAGAUGCUGGUACUCAGCACCAGAACACCACUGAAUCCUGUGAUGUGGAGAAAAGUUGUGCAUUUGGAAGUUUUGAACCAGAAAGUUGUUUGAACUUUGAAGAAAACCACUUCUUGACUUCACCAGUCAACAUCAUGGUCCCGAAAUGUGUGAAGCUACCAGGUGCAGCAGCUGUCAUGGACACCCAAUUAGACAAGUCCAUGGACUUUGACAACAUGAACAACUCUGGAAGAAAGAAGAGAGGGAGAAAAAAUGGCCCUUGUAAAGGCAAUGUAAAUUACUGUUUUGUAUGUGGAGAGCCCCAAUCGAAGAUCUCCCGCCACUUGAAACAGCACGAGAAGGAAAAUGCUGAAAUUGCUUAUGUCUUAAGUCUUGACAUAGCUUCAAGACAGAGGAAAGUGUUGCUGGAGAAACUGAGGAACAAGGGAAAUUUCCAACACAACACUAAUGUCGUAAAUAAGGGAUCCGGGUGUCUCAAAGUAAAAAGGAAACCCAAACCGAAUAGUGGCGCGAAGAGAUUUGAACCUUGUCUUUACUGUAAAGGUAUGUUCAUUUGGCAAGAUGUGCGGAGGCACAUGGGAAGAUGCCCUUGUAGACCUGAGGGGGGAGAUAAAAACCAAGAGCAUCAUUAUGGCAAGAAGCAGUACUUACAGAGCUGCUACACUGGACGAGUGAGCAGCAUGUUAAAUAAAAUUGAUGUGCAGCUCACACCUGACGGGGGGAUUAACUAGCACUUGUAUUUUUGCCUCGCCACGCUGUCUUUGCCCUCGUUUGGGUGCUAGCAAGCAUGCUAGGCAUCAACAGCCAAUCCAUUAGGGUCUAGAAGCUAUAGUGAGAAUAAAUUGGUCAAUAGUGCUGCGUAAUCAAUCAAAUGUAUUUAUUAAGCCCUUUUUAUACAUCAGCAGGUGUCAAAGUGCUAUACAGAAGCCCUACCCAAAACCCCAGAUAGCAAGCAAUGCAGAAGUACGGUGGCUAGGAAAAACUCCCUAGAAAGGCAGGAACCUAGGAAGAAACCAGACUCUGAGGGGUGGCCAGUCCUCUUGUCUGUGCCGGGUGGCGAUUAUUAAGGCCAGAUUGUUCUCCAAAAUGUUCAAACGUUCAUAGAUGACCAGCAGGGUCAGAUAAUAAUCACAGUGGUUGUAGAGGGUGCAACAGGUCAGUGUAUUAAGAGUAAAUGUCACGACUUUUCAUAGCUGGACAUUCAGAGGUCGAAAUAGAAGGUGCGGUAGAGAGAGGGAGAGUUGAAAACAGGAGGUCUGGGACAAGGUAGCAAAUCCGUUGAACAGGUCAGGGUUUCAACCACCAACUUACCAUCCUGAGACAAGGUCGAGUAUAGCCCACAAAGAUCUCCACCGCCCGAGGAGACGACAAACCGGACAGGAAGAUCACGUCAGUGACUCAACCCACUUAGGGACGGCAGGGAAGAGCACUAAAAAGCCAGUGACUCAGCCCCCGUAAUAGGGUCAGAGAACCUAAUGGAGAGGGGAACGGGCCAGACUACACUCAAUCAUAGGACCUACUGAAGAGAUGAGUUUUCAAUAAAAACAAAGGUCGAGACCGGGUCUGCGUCUCUCACGUGGAUAGGUAGACCAUUCCAUAAAAAUGUAUCUCAAUAGGAGAAAGCCCUGCCUCCAGCUGUUUGCUUAGAAAUUCUAAGGACAAUAAAGGCCUGCGUCUUGUGACCGUAGCAUAUGUAGGUAUGUACGGCAGGACCAAACCUUGAAAUCAGCCUUCGAAUACUCAGGCUAAGAGUUUUUGCAUAAAGUUAAUCUUUCCCCAACUAAGGUCCCGCUCUUUUCACGCUCACAUUGCCCAACGCUCCCUGCCCAAUUUCAAUUCUCUUCCACUCAAAAUGAAUGGCUUUCCGUAGUUUAAUCGUCCACAUCGUCUUUAGUUAAAAGGUACCGUGAGAGUGUUUGAUAAAGUGGCUCAAGCUUUCUCCAGGAUACAUUCUGUAGCAGCUAAAUGCCUACAAUGACGGUCUACUUUCGUUACACCAACGCUACGCCCCCAGUAUAGCAGCUCUGUUAGGGGCUGAACUCAAAUCGCUAAACUCAUAAACCAGGUUGGAACCAUAAUGUGUAAUACUCUAUAAAUUACCCCAACAGUGUUCAGAGUGGGCUGUCAGAUUUUGUUGUUCUGUUCUUUUAAAGAAUUUCCUGAUUUAGCCUCGGUUUAAAUUCUCCUCUUUAGGAAAUGCGACAGAAUGAGAUUUGGGUUUCGGGGGCGUGCUUUGGUGUGUUUUGUUUGUGUGUGUUUUGAGAAGCGUUUGUACUUCCACCCUGCCAAAACAUUAGUCACUCACCUUUCUAGAUAACGUGAAACCGUGUUGCCUUGAAGUAGCUUAGACUAGCUAGCCAGCUUUCCAACUUCUUUCGCCAAUUAGCUUCAGCCGACAGGUGUGCGACCGUGGCAGUUGGUUUGAAUUUAUUUGGUUAGCCUACCUGUGAGGCUAGCAGGAGUUAAAGUUCCUAGUCACUGCUGGUUUGGAGAUGACAUAGCCUAAUACAGACAGAAGCAUGUCUGUUCUACAAAAUGUAUUCCCAAAUAAAUGUAUUCUCUAAUAUUUAAUUUUCUCUGUUACGCUGUGUGCACUGAACUGACAUGCAUGAUUGUUGAUGACACUGAUGUUCAGAUGAAGCGAAUUAAAUAGUCUAUAAUGUGCACCAAAACAGCGCUUAACUCAAACAGCGGUGUGUAGCCUACCGUAGCUGGUAAUUCAAAGCUUAUACUUUAUCACUCAGUAUGUAACUUUCCAGUGCUACUAUUUUUGCCAUGUAAUGUUAUUAAAAUUUAGACAGCCCAAUAGUAGAAUAGUUUACCUAGUUAGCUUGUGUGUUCUGUUUGCAAGAUAAAUAUUCCACUCGAGCACAGUAGGUUGGUGGCACCUUAAUUGGGGAGGAUGGGCUCGUAGUAAAGGCUGGAGCGGAAUAGGUGGAGUGGUAUCAAAUACAGCAAACAUAUGGUUUCCAUGUGUUUGAUGGCAAUUCCGGCCAUUAUCAUCAGCCAUCCUCCCCUUGGCAGCCUCCUGUGCUCUCAAGAUGCAUUCAAGUUUCUAGAGCCAUAGAGUGAAAAGUAUUCUGACAAGUCAAUGCACAAAAGUUCUAUAUGCAAUCGCAGGAAAACACUUUUGGCCUUUGUUGCUAAAACAUGUUUAAUUCACACAAACUUACUCAAAGUUUCAGUAUUGAUUAUUUUAAAUGCAAGAACAUGUUAAUUUGCUUUCAUGAGUUUAUUCUCUCACUGCCCUAAGUUUAAGA